UUCGACGAUGCUUUUCGAUGACGACCCGGGCAUCAUGUCCGAAGUGGAGACUUCUAGCACGGGAUUUCGGCGAGGAGGCAAGCAAAGAAGUAGCCUGCCCGUCGUACGAACGCCCAGCAAGACUUUGGAGCGACCACUAGGACUGGUGUUCCUGCAAUAUAGGAACGAGACGAAGAGAGCAUUGCUGCCGAACGAGAUUACCAGUAUAGACACCGUCAAGGCUCUUUUCGUCAGAAGCUUUCCGAAACAACUCACUAUGGAAUACCUGGACAGUCCUCACGUAAAAGUUUACAUACACGAUAGCAACAAGGAUAUGUUCUACGAACUCGAAGAUCUAAGAUCACACCUGAGAGAUAUUAGGGAUCGCAGUGUCCUGAGACUUUUCGAGAGUGCCGAUGGAGUGACGGGGAUGCCGGGGCCCCUGGGGGUGCCGGGUGGCGGUGGCGGUCUGCCUCCCCAUUGGGAAGAUCAGAGCUACUUCAGCGAACCAGAAUUCGACAGUGAAUAUCAGCAUCAGCACAUUCACAAGAGCAAGACGGCCAAGAACUCGACGUCCGGCAGCGGAUACUAUGUGGGCGGAAGCAGCACCCUGCCUCGCGGUGGCCCUCUUCUAAGGGCGUACAGCCCGGCGGCGUCGAGCGUCGGUCCAAGCGCGACCCCGACGCAGCCCAAGACUCUCACCACACCAGGUGUUGGCGGGGUGCCGCCGGCCAAGCCGCUUCGCAGCUACCAGUGUGGUAAGAGUCCCCUUGGAAGCCUCGGGGGCUCGGCGCGCUUCUCUAGAGACAGCUCGGUCUCCCUCUAUAGUAUACCAGAUCGGCUACAUGGGGAAAGCGGAUACAUGAGCAGCCCCGAGCGCGGCGGCGGCGUUGGUUCCGGAAGCGGAAGAUAUCCACCCGGACCUUACAGCGCCGGCAGCAGCUACGAAGAUCCGUAUUAUUCGCAAUACUCGGGGACUGUUACGCCUGUCAUCGACGAAGAAGCCAGCGAUACGGAGCUGUUGGAGGAAUCGUACAGCCUUUACGGCGUGAAACCACCGGGGCGUCCGCCGUCUGGUCCCCCGCGAUCCCCGUUUCCUCCGGGGGCGCCGCCACCCUUGCCCGGCGGACAGGGCUACGACGCUACUCGGAUAAGGGUGGAGCAUAUGGAACGACAACUGGCCAAUCUAACCGGGCUCGUGCAGAAGGCACUGACACACGCGCCGCACACCAGCCCUUCGCCGCGAGAGUACUUGCAAGUCCCACCGGGACGUGAUCCUUACGCGAGAGCAGCAGGCGCCGGGGACGAGUUCGACAAACACUCUAGCUCCAGCUCUGCCUCACUGCCAGUGUCUCAACCUGCCGUUACAGAUGACUCGUACUUAAGGACUGACGUUAAACCGCCAAAAUUAGGCAAAGACAAGUCGGUGUCGUUUGAAAAGUCAGUGUCCUUCAGUGACGAGCCACCAGACAUGAACUCCCCCAAACAACAUUCCCCACAACAUGCAGCGGAUACAAAACCCACGAAACCGGCAAUCAAAUCCUCCACGUUGCCGAGGAUGUCGUCGCAAGAGAGAGACAGGCACAAGCCGACACCACCGCCGAAACCGGCCGCUCUGGUGGCCGGUCAGUACGUGUACAGGGACCUAGCGCUCACGCCGGAGAUGUACAAUCAGCUGAGGGGUCUGCAGAAGAAGGCGAAGGAUCUCAGACAAGAAGUGAGAAAUUUGAGGCGCAUGUCGCAAGCCCAGGCCCACACAGUGCGUGAGACCAUCAAGGAUACGUUCAUCACGAUUAGGGCCAUGCUAUUAUCGGGAGGAGACGCAGUUUGGACGGCUGGGGAUACGGAGAAGAUUCGACUGAGCCGCGAGGAAGAUCUCUACAAACAGGAAGUGAUAAGGCUGGAAAAAGAUCUCACCGAGCUCGAGAGCACCGUGGAGGAGCUUCGCGGUAACGUGAUCAAUAGAAAGACGCGUGUCAAUAUGUCGGAUGUGGAGAACAUGGCUUUGAUAUUGAGUAAAUCCAGCAAAACUGUGGCCGACCUGAAAGUUCGAUUCCCGAGUUUGCAAGAAGGUAUGAAAGGUCUGCUGAGCUCCGAAAUGGAAAAAGUGGUGCGCGAAGAGAAGUUUCUGAAGGAAGAGCCCGAACGACUGGAGUCCGCGUUGAGACGUUGCAAAAAACUCACCGGCACCCUCGUAACGCUUAAACGCUUGGCGUCGGUGCAAGAGCAGCGAUUACCAAACGCAGCGAGCGUAGACGCCGAGGACACGCCGCCUAUAACACCGACGACAGCACAGCAUUCCAAGGCAACUGCCCCUGUGCCAGCGGAACGCACUGUCGUGGGGUCAGCGGGCGUCCUCGGGGGAGGGGGCCACCCUCACGAGCCAUCCGCCGACCAUCAGCAGCGUCCGGAGAACGCACUCGACGCUCUGCUAGACGAGCUGCAGACCUUCUCCCGACCGAGCUCGCAGAUGGGCCACGUGUCAAGCAGCCUGUCGGUGCACCCGGGCUCGAACACGCUCCUGGCCGACAUCGGCCGCACCUCCAGUCUCCGAGAUACGCCGAGCGUCGUGGCGACGAGCACCGGUGGCAGCGGACGCGCGCCCAACAUCAGCGAUAUCGGUCGAAAGGGCAGCGUGGACUCUUCCAGCGGUACCUUGACCGCACCCACCGUCGGCCUGAUGGGCCUGCCCGGGAUGGCACCGGGCGGCACUCUGCGCCGUCUACAUUCGUAUCCCUCGAGCUCGGACACCGACACCUCGCCGCCUAUCGCCAGGCUGCAGGCGCUAUCGUUGGACCAACAGGUGUUGCAGCAGCAACAGCAGCAGCAAACACAGCCAGGCAUGCCGGUGCUGCCACAGAACUUUCUGCCUGGGCAGAAGCCGCCAGUACCGGAACGGAACGCCGAGCUGCUGCAGCUGGCGACCGCCAGAAGGGUACCACCGCCACCACCGCCGCGCACCAGUUCCCGAUCGCCCCUGGCGAGCCCUACCAGCCCGCAGCUGCCGCCCAGAAAUCAUCCGUGCAGUCUGCAGAGCGGCAACGCGACCUUGCGCCGGCCUUCGCGCAACAACAGUCUCGUCGGCAAGGAGGGUAAGCCGCCGAUGGCUCUACCGCCGAACGCAAUCCUGUCCACCGUGGACCAAGUCGCCGCGUCCUCGUUGGCGCCAACCGCGCCAGGCGUCGCCGGGCCGCAUAAUUCGUCGUCCUCGCAAUCCUCCGCGGUGCUGUCGACCAGUAACUCCAGCUCCUGCGAGAGCGUCAAUUCGCAGGAGGGGCUGCAAAGCAAGCGCGGCCGCCAGGAACAGUUGGAGCAACGGCAUCAGGAGCUCCUCAGAAAGCAGAAGGCUCUGCAGGAGCAGUACGCCCGGCUACAGCAGCUGCAAAGGAACGCGGCUGGUCUCACCACCGUACCGCCAGCGCCGCCUGAUCUCCUAAAGAAGACCGGUUCCGAGAGUAAUCUCCUGGCGAAGAUGGGCCUCGGCCUGAGUACGGCAAGUUCCGGAUCCCUCACCAGCCUCAGCAUCAAGCCUCAGAUCUCGCAGGAGAUCACGAUCGACGGUGGCAACCAAGUAGCCAAGGUCGAGAUCAUCAACGGACAAACGACAGGGACGGCGUCGACCAACGGCCAGGUCGGCUCUGGUACCACGUCCACCACGGUGGUAUCGAGCACGACCACCGGAUCAGCCACCACCGUCACCACUACGUCUACCACGACCACCAGCAAGGUCUACGAGACGGACAUUCUGUGACCGAGAAGCCGCUCGCUGAUCGGCUGCUCGACCGUCAAGGUUGCCACUGAAAUCGCGCUAGCGAGUUAACACGGUGGCUGGCGAGGUCGCAAGACUGCUACCUCCUUGGUUGUCCUCGGACAACGGUCCCCAGGCAUAUUGUCCGUUAAAUGAGAUGAGAAAGAAGGGAAGGAGACGCGAAAUCGUCGGAGAAGAUUGGGGUUCGAGUUCGACAACAAGGAAUUGUUAGAAUUAAGAAGACCAAAUUGGCUGGCGGACAGGAAGGUACGCGAACCGGAAGAACAGGAAGAACGGAAGGUGGAGGAAGAUUGCUGCUUCCGGUAUUCCGAACGACGAGGACGUCGCCGUACGCGGGGCGCUUGGAGCGUCUCUUGGAAAGUAGAGUUCAGCGUAGGGAGUUCAGCGCUAGAGAGACGCGAGUAAUAAUACCGCACUAAUCGUUAUGAUUAAAUAUAGUAUUAAUGAUUGAAAAAAAAAAAAAAAAAAAGAACGCGCGGCGCGAGGAAACCUUUCGAUACGCGGACGCGCGACGAAGUGUCGCGACGUCGAAACUAGAAAACGAGAAGAA